AUGAAGCUCCUGGUGCGCGGCGCUCCUGCCAUGGCCAUCGUGGGGUGCCUGAGCCUGGCGGUGGAGCUGCGGGCGGGCGCUGGGGGUGACGACCUCGUGUCCUUCAUCAGGGACUCUCUGUGCCACCUGACGUCUGCGCGACCCACGGCGGUCAACAUGGGCCGAGCCGCCCGCGAGCUCAUGGAGUUCACAGAGAAUGAGAGCAUGGAGAAAAACACAGAGCAGCUGAGAGACAGCGUGAUUGGCUGGAUUGAGGAGAUGUUGGAGCGAGACGUGAACGACAACAAAAAAAUCGGCAACUACGGCGCGCAGCACAUCCUGUCCGGAGUCCCACGAGACUCGGUCACCAUCCUCACGCACUGUAACACCGGCAGCCUGGCCACCGCGGGAUACGGCACGGCUCUCGGUGUGGUGCGGUCGCUGCACACACUGGGCCGCUUGAAGCGUCUGUACUGCACAGAGACCCGGCCCUACAACCAGGGCUCCCGGCUGACGGCGUACGAGGCCGUGGCGGAGGGGUUCCCGGCCACCCUCAUCACAGACAGCAUGGCAGCGCUCGCCAUGAGGGAGAAAGGCAUCACAGCUGUCGUUGUCGGAGCGGACAGGGUUGUUGCCAACGGCGACACGGCGAACAAAGUGGGCACGUAUCAGCUGGCCAUCGCGGCUAAGCAUCACGGGGUACCGUUUUACGUGGCGGCGCCCAGCACGUCCUGCGACCUGAGUUUGGAGAGCGGACGAGACAUCGUGAUCGAGGAGCGUCCGGCUGAGGAGCUCACCAGCAUCAAUGGAGUUCCUGUAGCCGCUCCCGGGAUCGAGGUCUGGAACCCGGCGUUUGACGUCACUCCUCACCAGCUGAUCACAGGCGGCAUCAUCACGGAGCUCGGCGUGUUCCUGCCGUCUGAACUGCAGGCCGCUCUGACGGGGAGACUCACCGCUCUGUAAGACGCCUCCGGCGCUCUCCUCAUGUUUUCACCUCACUGUGGUGGAAGUUGCACCUUUAAUUACACACACAAGCGUCGGCACCGAGGUGUUAACAAGGUAGACAAGGCACGUUCCAUUCAAUUCAACACUUACAAAGUGGAAUAACACCAUGUGACACACUUGUACAACCCAGGGAUGCUUGUAAACACACACUCACACACACACUCUCACACACACACUCACACUCACUCACACACACACAC